CAUUGGUAAACUUUAGGUCAGUGCGAAUUUUGUCUCCGUGUGAGGUUAACGAAGUUUAGAAACCAAGCAAAAACUCUAAAAUUCGGGGUGAAUAUGCAAUGACCAUCGACGUUCAUUGUUUUGCAUAUCUAGAGUGAGACAAUGUGAUAAUACUUCAGGACCAAUUUUGAAGAGAACAUAAAAUGAAAUUGGAGCAGCAUUUUCAGACCGUCUUAAUUCAAACUUUGAGUCAACUAACUUCAUAGAAUAGAGAGACAAUGGUUCGAAAAAAGGGGGUAUACGGAAUUGCCAUUGUGGCCUUAAUUUGCUUUCUUCUCAUAGUAUUUUGUACUAAGGAGCCUGACACAGUGCGGAUUUCUCACAAUUUCCAAGCAAUAGAGUUUGAGGACGUGGAUGUUAUAGGUGAAGACAUAUCCAUUGAUAAAAUUAUAGAUACUCAAAGGCUAAGGCUCGAAAGAAAAUUCGAUGUAUUCAAAUUUGUCACAAACAAAACAUUCAACAAACUUUCAAUGUUGUCAGGAGGCCAGCCACUUCGAACAAUUAUUGUAACAACUUGGAGAUCAGGAUCAACAUUCUUGGGAGACGUACUUAACUCUCUGCCGGGAAAUUACUAUCAUUAUGAGCCCCUGUUGCAUUAUGGAAUCAUGCAAAUUCGAGGACCGCCCCAUGCUGAUACAGCUAUCAAAACCUUAAAAAAUUUGCUCAACUGUGACUAUACAGAUUUAGAAAAUUAUUUAACAUUUGGAAUGUCCCAUAUUUAUUUAUUUACUCACAAUAAGAGGUUAUGGACUCAGUGCGAGGCUUAUCCGCAGUACUGUUGGAAUGCAACAUUUUUAAAUGAGUUCUGUAGGCUGUUUCCCUUUCAGUCAAUGAAAGUAGUUCGGGUUAGGCUAAGACUCAUUGAAGAAUUGCUCAGUGAUAAAAGGUUAAACACCAAGGUAAUCCUACUUGUCAGAGAUCCCAGAGGAACUCUGCAAUCAAGAAGGCACCGGGACUGGUGCCCUGGCGAACCCGACUGUGAUCGACCCGAUUUGCUUUGUGCCGACAUGGUGUCAGACUAUAGUGCAGCUAUCAAAUUUAAUAAGAUGUAUUCUCGAAGAUUCAGGACUCUUCGAUAUGAGGAUCUUUCGUUAAGCCCUUAUAAAGUCGUACAGGAUUUAUUCGACUGGAUAGGUAUCAACGUCCAUCCUGAAAUUAAGGAGUUUCUGGAUACGCACACAACAGUGAAUGUAGGUGGUGUGUCCAGCACUUACCGGGACUCCAAGAACGUUCCGUUUCAUUGGAAAAACGACUUAAACUAUACAGAGAUACAGUCGAUUGAAGCCACUUGCGAAGAAGCUAUGAAAUUGUGGGGCUAUGUUAAGACGAAAGGGCCCAAGCUUCGCGAUUUCAAUCCCCUUACUUCGUAUACAAUUAAAUAAGACUGCAAUCGAGAAAUUCUAAUAAAUCUGCAUUCCUGUUUGCAUCUUGAACGACUAUCACGAAGCACAAUAAUCUCAUUUGAAUUCUGUGAUCAAAUUAUGGUAUGGGUAGCAUGCUGUUUCUGCAAUUCUGUACAGUUUUCGUACUGCAAAAUGUGUUUUGGUGUGGAUAAGUUUUAAACACUUCCUCCAAAAUGAAAAAAUGAGUAAUCUUUUUUAUUUUAAAUUUUUGACUAGGAUGAAAGCGUGAUGAACUUUUGGCGAAAUAGCUGGCCAAGAAAAUUGUUUUCGUUUCUUGCUUUUGAACAACAGAGAAAUCACGAGCAGCAAAAAAUUAUCAUAGGACACCCGAUAUUCCCGCGAUAAAAAAGCCAGUGAUUAGGUCGAAGGAUUGGGAAUAGUAUAUGUCCUGUCUCCUAUAGGUGGCACAGAUUUUGUUGAGACGGAUUUUUUCUCAUCAAAAGAUGGCACAAUUGCAAAUCAUGUAUAUCUAUAAUAUCUGAGAAGUUGAGAUUCAACCAGCCAGGUACAGCAGCAGAUGUUUACUAUGACUUUUAAUUUUAUAUCCUCACAAUGCACUGAUGUGAUCUUAUCUAAUAGAAAAACAAGGCCAUAUGUCUGCUGCCUAUAAAUGAAAUAGAUUUUUAUUUUAUUAAAAUUCAUUGCACUAUUUAACGCAAUUUGUAUAUUUAAAUAAAUUUGUUUGCUUUAUUAAUUCAUCUUCUCUUUUCAUUACUGGACUUCUCAGUAUUUUAGAACUAUUUCUCGAACACUAGAAUAGUUAUUUUUUACUUGAAAAUACUUUUAAUUACUUUUAAGUGUCAUUCAGAAUUAAAUCAAAGCACCUAAUUAAUAAAUCAGCUUUACUCAAUUUGCUUUAUUUAUUGUCUUUUAAAAAAUAAUUUCUUAGAGAUAAUGAACAAAAAAUGCCCAAAAGAAUAAAUUUCGCAACAAAAUAAUUUGACUAAUGUCUUUAAAAAAAAAAUAAAACUAGCAUAUAAACAAUUCAUAUAUUGUAAUAAGUACAUGCAUUGUUUAAUUAAUUAAUAGUAGGUACAAACAAAUAAGUACUAUAAAAAAUAUGUAUUUGAAAUAGUUAUUCACAUGUGGUCUUGAUAAAUCUGUGCCAAAGUAGUAGUUUGGGUAGUUGUAAACAUCAAAAAUUUGAUAUUGUUUUUUGGUAUAGAACUCUGUUACCUUGUUUUCUUGCCUAUCAGAUCUUGAUUUACGAUAUUAUAGAGGAAGCUUUAAACUUUAUAUUAGAGAUAUUUAAUUUAAUUUUAAUGACAACUGAGGUAACGAGUGAGUGUAAAUUAAGUGUGGAACAGUCGACGGUGUUGUUAAAAUUUCUUUUCUUCAGUAAGUAGAUGUACGAAUACUUUAUUGGCAACCUAUGUCUCGUAAUAAUGUGACAUAUUUGUUAUUUUCAAGGGUGCAAUAUUAAAAAUAUUUCCGCAAUUUUGGGUAUUAUAUUUAUAAUCUUGGUGAUACAUACAAACAUGAACGCAUUGCAGUAGCUUUAAAUUCACAUAUCAAUUGAUAACUUAAUUGGGAUGCUUAAUAUCGUUCACUUCGGGCACUGAGUUAAAAAAUACACUCGAUUGAUGCAGUUAUUAUUGUUGUUAUGCUCAGAAAUGAUUUUCACCUUGUUAACUAAUAUAAAACGUUUAUUUCUGAUUUAGAAAUAAUACCGAGUGCACUUAAAUAAAGAUUAGUUUAUACACCGCAGCCAUUUAUACAAAUAUUUUUUAUUUAUAUAAAUUUAUAUUGACUGAUUUUAGGCAGUUUUAUUUUUAUGGCGUUUUUCUUUGAACACCUCUAAUAUGUGCAUUUGAGAGAUAUUGAUGGUGCCAUUGCUUUGUUAGAUAGUAGCAAAACUCAUUUAGUGGUCGAUCGAGGGGAAAUAACAUGGAAAAUGUGAUUUCUCACAAGUUUCUCGCAGAUUUGCAUAAUAUAACAAUUUCAAUAUUGCUAAAAAUAGUUCUGCUAUUUCUCAUGUCUACAAAAAUUAAUUAUGGAAUUUUCAAAGAAUUAUACUAACUUGAUUAUAUCAUUGCAUUUGAUAAUGAAAUUUUAGUGAAAACCCACAAGUUCAACCCUUUGGAAAUUUAAAAAUGAAAUUGCAUACCAGCAGAGGUCAUCAAACGUUAUACCGUUUUUACGACAUAAUCGUAUUUAACUUUGUGUGUAAAUUUUCGUGAAGGUCUAACGGCAGGCCUUCCUCGCUGGGUUUCUCUUUGUAAAAUUCAAUAAAUAGAUUCGUAAUUCCAAAAUGACUUUCCAGAACCGUACUUCGGUAAUUCAUGCAUACAAAUACUGAAAGCUGACGGAUUUGUUUCACAGGUGAGAUUCCUCGAAUAUUAUUAGUCCAUGGAGUGAAAAAUCCAUUAUUAUUUUUAAAUCCUACUCUUAAAAUACAACAGCCCGCCCGGCACAGUUCUUGUCGGCUAACAUCUUAAAUACUGCCCUGGCUUAUGAAAAUGAUGGUCCCUGCCGCUUUAUAAUAGGCGGGUCUUAAACUCAUUCCGAAGUCAAUACCAUAAAAGGUUGUAAAAACGGUAUAUCUUUUGGAGAACUCUACCUAUUUAUUACAAAACAUUGUUACAAUUUAUUACAUAAUUUCUAAUAUCUCGCUGAGGUAUGACAUUGUCUCCAUGUUAUGUUCGUCUCGGGGUCAAUUAAACAUUUUUAUUGUAAUAAUUUUGGCAUGUUGUCAGUCAACAACGAACAAUGCGUCAUUUUACGAUCAGUAUUUAAAAUAAAGUUUUUGACUUGUUUGCAAGUAUUUUAACU